GAGCGACAGGGAUGGAAACGAGGGGGUGGCGAAUGGGGAGAGGGAUGGAAGACGGGGGAUGGGUGAGGAGGGAUAUGUAGGAGCGUAAACGCGAAGGGGAUGCUGCAGUGCGAUCGUUUCAUUCCGAACAGGAGUGCGAUGAAUCCUGAUGUUGCGCGGCUGAACCUGAUGACGGAAACGAAGGAGAAUUCGUCCGGUGCUUCGUUGAAUGGGGCGAUGRUUGCGUCGCCGUGCGGGAAGGGUGAGGAUUAUAAGAAGCAUCUGUCGGAGAAUUUGCUUAAUGAGAAUGUGGUGGGCGAGCACACGAGAAUUUUGACGUUUAAGAGUAAGGCUCCGCCGGCGGCGGCUGCGGACAUGGGUUUCGAGAACGCCGUGCUGUACUCCCAGAACGGGUUUUCAACGACGAAAUCCAGGCGCUCGUUUCGGCACAUUCCGCAGGCGCCAGAGAGGAUAUUGGAUGCGCCUGAUCUCCUGGACGAUUACUACCUUAACCUGCUGGAUUGGAGCGGGGACAAUGUAGUGGCGGUGGCACUUGGGGCGGUUGUGUAUCUGUGGGAUGCUGGUACGGGCACGAUAGAGCAGCUGACACAGCCCUUGGCGGCCGAUGAUUACGUGACCAGCGUAUCGUGGGCUUCGGACGGGCGGCACGUCGCCGUCGGGCUCAACAGCACCAAUGUGCAGUUAUGGGAUGCCACGCGAUUGAAGAUGAUCAGGACUAUGGGCGGGCACAGUGCGCGUGUUGGCAGUCUGGCCUGGAACGGGCACUUGCUCAGCAGCGGUGGUCGAGACAACAACAUCAUAAACCAUGAUGUUAGAAUCAGGGAGCACCUAGUGUCCAGGUUUUGUGCGCAUGAACAGGAGGUGUGUGGAUUGAAAUGGUCGCCUUCCGGGCAGCAGCUGGCUAGCGGCGGGAAUGACAAUMUGCUGUACGUGUGGGAUGCGUCGGCCAUCUCCUCUGCUCAGUCCAACGCUUCCAGGUAUUUGCACCGCCUCGAUCAGCACCUUGCGGCCGUCAAGGCAUUAGCUUGGUGUCCUUUCCAGGGCAACCUGCUGGCCUCGGGCGGCGGGACCGCAGAUCGGUGCAUCAAGUUCUGGAACACUCACACUGGCGUGUGCCUGAACAGUAUUGACACUCACUCGCAGGUCUGCGCGCUUCAGUGGUCCAGGCACGAGAAGGAGAUCCUCAGCUCCCAUGGCAGCUCGGAAUGGGUGGCAGGCUGGCAAGAAGUGCAUCGUGUUGGCCGAUCAAAGUCUCUCGGUGUGCCUGAUAUCGUACGUGGGUCGGUGAGACGAGAUGCAGAGGGCAUCUUCCCGCAGCUAUCGCCAUGCAGUCAGUGGCCGUAUGUCCAGUGAAUUCUUGCAAUUCUGAAGAUGCUGCGAGAUCGCUGUCAGGGAGUGUUAUUGCGGAUGGAG